AUCUCGUCUUGAAAACUCUCUCUCUCGAGAAUAUCAUCCGAUUGUCGACCACCACCGAUUUUGCCGGCAUAAGAAUGUCCGUGAUGGGGCUCACCUAAGUGUCCUAAGUGAUUGUUGGUUGCAUAUCGCGGGAGAUAUGCACACUGUGAUCUGCGUGCCUGCCUCCAUCUACCUUUUGCUCAUUAUCACCCCUUAUACGACUUCCUGGUGGGCAGUUGGCAGUCAUUUGGUCAUGGAUCCAAAUCAGACCUGUAAAAGGGCAAGAUGGUCGCGGGGAAAAAUGUCAGACAUUUGUAAUAAUAAACCAGGUUUAUUGAACCAAAUAGCCAAAGGUAUUGCUCUCGGUCAGACAGAAUGCCAAUACCAGUUUAGGUAUAGAAGGUGGAACUGUACGUCUACCAAAAGGAGUAUUAAAAAAGUAAUGUUAAGAGAUACACGAGAGACUGGAUUUGUGAAUGCUAUAAUCGCAGCAGGAAUAACAUUUCAAGUAACUAGAGCUUGCACCAAAGGAGAACAAAUAGGAUGUUCUUGUUCGAAAAGAAAACGAAGAAAAAACAGUAGAAAGAAAAAUCCUCCUCUACCAGAAGGAAACUGGGAGUGGGAUGGGUGCGGAGAGAAUAUAGAAUUUGGUAUUAAGAAAUCGAAAGAUUUCUUGGAUACUAGGUACCGACGAAGAAGUAGUGAUAUGAAAACUCUAGUUAAAUUACAUAACUAUGUAGCUGGACGAUUGGCUGUCAAGAAUAAUAUGGUAACUGUAUGCAAGUGCCACGGCCUCUCAGGUUCAUGUACACUGAAAACGUGCACCAGAAGAAUGCCUACAUUUCGUGAAGUAGGCAACCGACUGAAAGAACGCUUCGAUGGUGCAGCAAAAGUCAUAGCUGGCAACGAUGGUCAAAGUUUCAUGCCAGAAGGUGAAACAAUAAAACCUCCUGGUCGAGGAGAUUUAGUUUAUUCGGAAGAAUCUCCUUUGUACUGCGUUCCAAAUAAUACUCUUGGAUCAUUUGGAACGCAAGGGAGAAUAUGUAACGAUACCUCUCAAGGAGAGGAAGGCUGUGGAAUAUUAUGCUGUGGAAGGGGUUACUCGACGCACACUGAAGAAGUGAAAGUUAAUUGUAACUGUACGUUUAAAUAUUGCUGUGAAGUUCAGUGUGAUAUUUGUAAGGUAACCGAAAGGAAAAAUAUUUGUUUGUGAUUCAUUUAAGAGUUUUUACUAUGGACUAAUGGAAACUGUAAUGAAUUCAACCAAUAUGAAUAAUUGUAUCGAAUUAUAUAGGCUCUUAGUAUCUAGUAAAUUAUUAUCAGAUCUCAAA